AUUUCAGCAGAAAAUAUCGGCAGUCUACUUUUGACAUCAAUCGAUACGGGAAAGUCUUUAUGCCUUACCAGCGUUUUACUCGUCGACAAUCUUGGCUUCAAUUUAGUGUCAACUCUUCAACUCUUGAAGAAGAAAAUCCGCAUGGUCGGAAACUGCACGACACAGGAGCAAGAGUUAAUACAUGAUGUGGACAACACGUACAUCGGAAGAGCAGCAACAAAAAAUGGCGUAUUCGUGUUACGCUUCAAGGCAGCAAAAUCUUCCGAAGAUGUCACUCUCCCUCAAGCUCCUUCAAUCAUCGCAGCAGCCGCUUUGGUAACCGUUCCACCGAUUGAACUCAGCAGCAGCGAAGAAGAAACUCCUAGUAGCAGCACUACCGACACACCUGCCGUUAAUAUCAAGAGAGAUAUUAGCCACGAAUACGAAGAAAUUCUGCAACUCGCACCUGAAAAUUUCUUCGACGCGACAACUACUCUCGACAAGCCUUCAGAUACUUCUUCAACUACCAGUAUCUCAGAAAAAGGUUAUGCACUCUCAAGGUUUCUCCUACCUUCAUAUUUCAUGCUCUUGAUUCUUGCUUGGCUGGCCAUAGCAGCAAGCGAGCUCCGUACCGCGCUGCAAACUUUCCUACACUACAGAGAAGCCGCUUACCAGACUACGAAUUCCAACGUCUACGAGCAAGGCACGGGCAUCAACUGCUACCAAACCCCUCGUCAUCGCGUUCAACAAUGCAAUGAAGCAGAAGGGUUGAACAGUACCCUACACGAGCUACGUGAGCAGCUGCGUGCCCUGCUGACUCAAAAAAUUUAUCUGCCCGUCACUUCACGAUUCUCUGUCAAGCCUCCAGAUGUUGUCGAGGCUCCUCUCCACCACGUGCAACACUCUCCUGGUUUUGCAUUCGUCCCCUUCGGCCUUGCCACGUUCAUUGGCGCAACCCCAACCACUUUCAACCCGGCUCAUUUUUACUCUGCCGAAGUGAGGGGGGGAAGGAGGUAUCAAACUGAGAGAAGUGAAUGAUUAGGUAGAGGGAGAGUACAGAUAGAUAUACCUAAGUAUUAAACCCUCUAAGAGGUG